AUGUUGGACGAGAAUCUGCCCGCCUUUUUCUAUCGAAAGUCGCCGGAUGGCAUAGCACAUCACCAUGGAAUCUUCUUUUCCAUUCGUGGAUCCGAUCCCAGCCCCGCGUACAGCCUGAGGCACGGCGACCCUGCCACCUCGCGCAACUGUUAUGCUGCUGGUCUGUUCGACUGCUACAACCCCGAAGUGCUAUACGGAGAGGUCCUGAUCAAACCGGAAUGGAGUCACCCCUCGUUGUCGCAGGAUGAGAUCCGUCGGAAUGGUGGUGUGCCGCCGCCACCAAUGCCCAUCCUACCCACCCAGUUCACUGUACAGUUGUACAAUCCUGAUCUACAAGUGACAGUGACGCAGAAGCCCGGGAGCUGGGGAGGUAGCGCGUCAUAUGAAUUCAGUCUGCCUCAACUCGUCUUCCGCACACCGUCGGCUUCGACUCUGGACCGAACUCAAGAUGAUCCCGGCGCGUCCUUGGUCACGCCCAAACUCAACUUUGUAUGGCGCAAGGAAAGCAAACUUGCCAAAGACCUGACGGCCUACAUGACCGGCAAGUCGACCGAUGAGGUCGUCAAGAAGAAGCACCGCGAUCCAGACAUCAUCGUCGGUCUGUUUCGCUCUCUCCGUGAGUUGACCGUCUACGAGCCAAACCUGUACCGUGUCGAGCUGGAGGAUCCCAAGGGCCUUGAGCUGGUCUUGCUACUGUCUGCUGCUGUUAUCAAGGACCUUUACUUCUCCAGUGACAUCAACCAAAUCUUCAACGUCUUCGAUCCUUGUCGUCUCGCUUCCUUACCUGCAGCUCAUGCAUCUCCUCCUCCUCCAACCGCCAAUGCGAACCGCCGCGAGACUCUGCCUCGCCUACGAACCAGUCCUCCUGUUACUGCCACGACUCAACGUCCUCCUCUGGCAGGCGUUGGCGCCGCUUCUGCCCCAGACCCUCGGACACAAUGGGAGCUAGAAGCUGAGACCGCUCGCUUGCGUGCUCAAGUCGAGGCUGAGGAACGCGAGUUGAAGAAGCAGGAAGCCGCUCGCCGUCGCGAAAGAGAAAGAGCAGACGAAGCAGAGACUCAACGUCUACGCAAGAUGGUCGAGGAAGAGGAGCGUGAGGUCCGUCGUCGACAAGAAGAAGUUGAUCGUGAGACAGAAAGACUGCGGAAACAAUACAGUCUCAAGCCGCCUUCGCCGGUCAACAACCAGCAAAGACACUCUGCGCCAUCGCUUCCUAUUCACCAGCAACAACACGCUGGACCUUCGCGUCAUCCUGUGGCACCCACCUACGGUAGCAACGGUAUGAUCAUGAGCGGAGGUAAUCCACAUGUACCUCCUGCUGCCGCACCUUCAAAGAUGAAGAAGAGCUUUUGGGGUCUGAGGAGCAAUAGUGACCAGAGCAAUGCCAGCAACAGCAAGCUGAGCAAGAAGGCCAGCGCUGUCUGGUGA